AAAGAAACCAAACCACAGGGGUCAGAGCUCAGCAUUUUUACCAUACUUUCCCCCAAAUGGGUGAUCUUAAUCUUUGAGAAUCAGAAUGUAAGUUCAUAAUUUGUUGGUACAUGGCUCCAGUGUGGCAUUUUUCUGAGCUAUUUUUUUAAUUUUUACAUGAAGUUUUGCAUGCAAUCAGGCACUUGUCCCCAUAGCCUUCAGGCUGAGAAAACAGCAGUGCUCCUUCCUCCCCUUGCUUUGCCUGUUCCCGACCUGUUCUCCUGUGUCCCUCCUGGGGUCUGAGAGGAAGUGGGUAUGUCCCCAGAUGUCAAGUGGGCAGCAGGGCCAGCCUUCUCCUGGACAGGUGGGCCUGGGGAAGCUCAUUUGGUGUAGCUUUAGCUCCCGCCUGGCUCUUUUUUCACCAUGCCUGCUCUCUGCUCUGGCUAUCACCUGCAAACAGCACCCAUUCUGGCCAAAGACCUGCUCCACACACAGGUAGAAAGGACAUGACUUGAGAUAUGACUAUGAAUAAAAAUUCUCAGACCAAGCCUGAAUUUCAGCAAAGACAAGAAUCCAUUUAGUGUGCUGUAGUCAUAGAUUACAUGAGAAACACAUCUUGCCCAGAGAUAAGGUAGGUCCUCUCUGUCUUCCACGUAAACCAGUGAUAACUGAUAAGAGAUUUAGCAUUUCCUUAGACUCAUACAUAUAUAUAUGGGUACCUCUCCCCACAGACCCAGGGCUCGGAUCAGCUUGGAGCCAUCCUCAAGUCACACCAUGUAUCUGUACGUGCUCCUGGCUUGUGUGCUCUGGGGUCUGGAGAGCCAUUCUGCCCCCAUGAAGAUAGCCACGGUGGCUUCCCGAGACAACCACACGGCGGUCUGCGCGGAGAUUCAGAGAGAACUCAUGGCUGACGACAUCACAUACAAUGGUUCCUUCAAAAGGCCCCAGAACACCAGUGAGGAGCUGUGCUAUGGGGAGUUUAUAAAGGACUUCAUCUCCACCCUGAAGAACAUCUCUACGAACUAUAACAAAGACUGCCACAUAGAAAAGGUUUAUAAGGACAUGACCCAUCUCACCAGGAUCUGCCCAAAGCUGAAUGAAACAAAAUCACACAAGAAAUGUACUACUGAGACAAGUAAUUUCUUAAAGUUCAAGGAAGCCUUACAGAGAGUUGUCAUAUCCAUAGAAGGAUGGAAAUCUUGUAAAAGGAUCAAGGGCAUCCUCUGAGACCUCGACCUCUCACAUCCUGGGGCCCACAGUUAGAGCCGCAGAAAAUGGGAUUGGAGGAGCUUCGGAAACAAUCCACAGCUGGGGUAGGGCCCUGGGCAAGCACACGUGGCUGCGGGUGGAUGGGGGGGGUGCUUGAGCAGAUAUUUUUGUAACCGAUACAUCAGCAGCUGUUGCUUCAAUAAAGCUGGGGUAUGGAAAUGAUGCUAAGAGUCGUGACUGAGUUCAGUCUCUCUGGGGCCUUGACAGACUGGAAGGGGCAUGGGGUUGGGGUUGAUGGCCCCACAACAGGGGCUCCUGACCGAGAGGGAUAGGGGUCUCUUGGGAGAAAAGCCCAGGAGGACAAGUGGGACCUGCUCCUCAUCUGCCCCUCUGCUGUACCUCUAGUGCCAGUGGACACACAGUAGGGGCUCCGUCAGUGUCAGUGCAGCUUGUUACUCCCUGUGUCCUUCAGAACUCAAAGCAGUUCCUUUUCCAGAAUCCCUUUCCAGCGUCACUCAGGACCCACCCACCCCCUAUGCAAAGGCCCAAGGCCCUCCAUCCUUUGGUUUCUACUACAGCUCCUGGAAAGCUCUUAGUCUAAUGCAUCCUGACUGUUAUCUCCCAAGGGCUCAGUGAGGCCAGAGAGGGGUCCGCCCUAGUAAAUGGCUCAGGGGAUUGGGGGAUUUCAGGCUACUCACAGAGGACUGGACACAGUGGGGAACUUGGGCCAGGUGGGGGGCCCACAGGGCCCAGAGAUAUUUCUAAAACCGCAGCUUCUUCUAAGCCAGCAAAGAGCUAUCUGUAAAGCCCCUCUCCUGGGCUGCCCCUCAAAAACACCCUCCGGGGUCUCCCUGGCAUAAGAGCCCCCUGCCUGACUACCAACUCUUUUACACCCCCAAAUCUUGAGGCCCUGCAUGCAGGGAAUCUGCCAGUCACUCAGGUCCUCCAGUGCUGCCAGACUGGGCUACCCAGCUCUGACACUGCUCCCUCAAUUCUCACCCUAACGCUAAUUAUUUGAACAGUUUGUUGGAGGCAACUGGGAUUACCAUACAAGCCAAACAGCUUCCUGCAAUCGCACCUCACAGACCAUGACCUCCUUCACCAAACCAGGAAAAGAUAAAGACUUAUUU